UCGGAGAUCUCGAGGUCGUUUCCUUGCUCUCCGCCAUUGUUCGCCCAGCUGGUUCCAGUUCGUGCUACUGCAUGCAUCACCAUCCCAGGACGUCGGUCUCCCUGCUCCACCGUUCUAGAAUCUCCUUUCGGUCGUUCCCGUCUCCUCUCUGGUCGCUCUAACCACUGCGUGAUACUCGCUUUAGACUGUUGGCGCAGAGUCCCUGCCCAUUUGAGUUGCGUUAGAUUGUUGUUGACGUCCGUCUUCCUAGAAGUCAACCAUCGUGGUUAGUCGAAUCCUGUGCAGCUAGUAGGUGACCUCUAUCACGAUACGUCCUACAAGAAAACCAUUUUAACCGAAAAAGCAUAGCCGUAGAAAAUACCACCGCCGUUGAAAUUACCGUUCUAAGUAGCAAGUAGCAUCUAGCGCGAUGAGGAAGACCAAGGGCGGUCGGACGAUGAAUCCGACGGACUCGUUCCGCAAGGAGCAGCGGAAGCGCGAGAUCAAGAAGAACAAGGUGGAGCGCCGCAAGGUGCGCGAGACUGGCGUACUCCGCAGCGACCCGGCGUCGAUCCGCGAGCAGAUCGCCAAGCUCAGCGCCACGACGUCGGAGGGCCCCAUGGAGAAGACCCGAAAGCACAAGCUGCGGCAGCUGGAGGAUCGGCUGCAGCUGGUGCUGAAGAAACGCAAAGAGUUUGAGCAGAAAAUGAGGGAGCGCGGCGAGGACCCAGUCAUGUUCAGCCACCUAACCGCGCCCCGAAAGUCAGCCAACGAAGCCAUCAGGAACCUUCGCCCAGAGGAUUCAGUGUACUAUCAUCCUACACUAAACCCCUCAGGCCAGCCUCCCCCAGGCAAAGCGCCCAUGUACCGCCCCUCACUCUCGAGGUCAGCAGACACCACCGCAGAUGGGGAAGUGGACGAGGAGGAGGGGGAGGAGGAGGAGGAGGAGGAUUCGAUGGAAGAAGAUGAGGAGGAGGACGACGAGGACGAGGAAGAGGAGGAAGAGGAGGAGAGAGAGGGUGGGAAACACAGUAUGGAUUCAGCAGCAGGGGCAGCAGCAGGGGGAAUGCUUCCCCUUCCUCCUCCCCCUCCCCCUCCCCCUCUUCCGGGCGCGCACAACCUUCCCCCAGGGGUCCCCAUGCCCCUCCCCAUACCCGUCCCUGCUCCCCCCCCGCCCCCUGGCCCCCCUGGCAUGGCUCCCCCGAAUUUCCCCACCCAUUCCUUCCCUCCCCACCUGCAACAGCCUCCCCCUCCUCCCCCUCGCGCUGGCUUUCCCCCUGGCAUGCGCCCCCCUCCCCCUCCCCCUCGGCCUGGUGCUGGGGAAGGGAGGGGCGGGGAGGGGGGGGGAGAAGAGGAGGAGGACGCCAUGCCCCCUGGCGUUGAGCCCACUGCACCGUCUGCUGCUGCUGCUGCUGCUGCUGCUGGUGGUUCUCCUGGUGCUGCUGGUUCUGAUGCUGGGGCUGUUGGUAGUGCUGAGGGGAGAAGAAUCCCCCCCCCUCCCCCUCCCCGUCACCACCUCCCCUUGGGAUCCGCUCCCCCCGAAUCCGCCCCCUCCACUCGUCCUCCUGGUGUCCCCCCUCCCCCUCCCCCCCGCACUGCCCCUGGAGCUCCCCCUUCCGCUCCCCCCACUCACCCCCAGGCAUGCGCCCGCCUCUUUUCCCCCCGCCUGUCGGCCCCCCAGGCGCUCCCCCUGGCCUCCGCCCCCCUCCCCCUCCGCCCCGCCCCAUGGGGGGAAUUCCCCCCGGCCCUCCCCCCAGACCUACGGGAUCCGCUCCCCCGUCCAUGCACCCUCCCCCCGGCCCUCCCCCUGCUCACCUCCUCCCCCCAUCCCACGCUUCCCCCGCCCCUGGUGCUCCCCCAGGCGCCCUAGCUCCCCCCACCCACCUUCCCCCAGGCAUGCGCCCUCCCCCUGGCCCUCCCCCUGGCCGUCCGCCUGUGGGCAUGGGGGGGGGACCUGGGGGUGGACUUCCCCCUCCCCCUCCUUCUGGUAUGAGACCCCCCCCUGGCCCACCCCCUGCAGCAGCGCUUGCAGGUGUGGGUGGGGGGAUGGGGGGAGGAGAAGGGAGAGGAAUGGAAUCGGGAGCAGCAGGAGGGGGGGAAUAGGAGGGGGAGAAGGAGGGGGAGGGGAGGAGUGGGGGGAGGGGCGGAGGGGAAGGCUACUCCAGCGUAUGUAAAGGUUGCAGCACCUAUGGUGGUGAAACGGCCACUGGCACAACACACACCGGAACUAACAGCUAUGGUCCCAGCGUCUGUGAGAGUGAGGAGGCAAGAGGCCCUAUUGAAGCCAAAGGCAAAGGCGACAGCUGCUGCUGCUCGUCCUGUCACUGCUGCCGCUACCCCUGCAGCUGCUGCUGCGGCGAGGAAACCACCGAGUAUUGAUGACUCUUACUCAGCUUUUAUGGAGGAAAUGAAAGAGCUGGGUGCUUUCGAAGGUGGUGACAGUUAACAGAUACCUAAGAUUUUGUAGGCGCAUACUUUUUAGGUGCAUAUUUCUUUUCCUGCUUUUAUGGAGAUGAAGAGGGUGCUUUUGAAAGGGGGGUGAUAGCUAAUGGAUUAGCUCCAGUGCCUUGUGCAGGCAACUCUUAGCAUAGAACGGAUUGGUUAGAAUGAGGUCAUACAAGGGGAUGUAACCUAAGGGGUUGUACUCUAUAUGAGCAUGCACCUAGCUAGCCUAUAACAUAUACGAAUGAUAUGUUGACACACCCCCUAGGUUUGACAAGGGGCAGCUGUUCAA